AUGAAGUUCGUUUCAACUCAUGCCGCCCUGAUUUGUGGCUGGCUAUCGACUGUGUCGUUUGCGGCCCCGGGUUCUUCUUGCCCAGCGCCACCGCCACAGCCCGACGCCGCGAAUCGUGGCGCCGUCUCGUCUGAAAAUGCCAUUUGCAGCGGCAUUGGCACGCAGCUCAUCAAAGAGGGCGGCAACGCCGUCGACGCCCUCGUCGGCACCGUAUUCUGCGUGGGCACCGUGGCCAUGUACCACAGCGGGAUUGGUGGCGGUGGCUUUAUGCUCCUGAGAGACAAGAAUGGCCAUUACGAAUUCGUCGAUUUUCGAGAGACGGCGCCAGCAGCAGCGUUUCAGGAAAUGUACAAGAACAAUACAGAUGCCAGUCUGUAUGGCGGCUUGGCAAGCGGAAUUCCGGGAGAGCUACGAGGUCUUGAAUACGUGCACAAAAAGUAUGGCGUACUGGACUGGGCCACAGUCAUGGCGCCAGCGAUCAGGAUUGCGAGAUGUGGCUUCCCAGUUGACCAAGAUCUCGUGAGUUAUAUCAAACAGACUCCUAGAAAUCAAUUCCUCGUCGAGGAUCCAAACUGGGCCGUUGAUUUCGCUCCCAACGGCAAGCUACUAGGGCUUGGAGAGACAAUCACUCGCAAGCGCUAUGCCGACACUCUCGAGACGAUUGCCAGUGAGGGCGCGGAUGCUUUUUACACUGGCGCGAUUGCCCGUGCAACAAUCAGGGCGCUUGGCGCUCAAAAUGGGACAAUGACGCUAAAAGACCUCGAAGAUUACACGAUUGCGCAUCGCCAACCGCUUCACAUCAUGUAUCGCGGGCACAAGCUGACGAGCACAAAUGCGCCGUCCAGCGGCCCGGUUGCACUGAGCGCGCUGAACACCGUGAGUGGCUAUGACGAAUUUUUCCAACCAGAGACGGUCAACAUUUCUACGCACCGUCUCGACGAGGCGAUUCGCUUUGCAUAUGGCCAGCGCACAAAGCUGGGCGAUCCGUCCUUUAUCGAUGGACUGUCCAACUACACGGCUGCCAUGGUGGCUUCGCGUACCGGCGCCGAGAUUCGCGCAAGAAUCUCCGACACCAAAACGGAAGAGGUUGCAUACUAUAACCCACAAGGCAUCGAGUCUCUCGAUACACCUGGCACAUCGCACAUUGUAGCGGCCGACGCCAGCGGCAUGGCAGUGUCCUUGACCACGACAAUCAACACGCUCUUUGGCUCGCGCGUCUUGGUGCCCGAGACUGGCGUGCUGAUGAAUAACGAAAUGAAUGAUUUCAGUAUCCCGGGCUCCAGCAAUGCUUUUGGGUACAGGCCGAGCCCCCAAAACUAUGUCCGCCCGGGCAAGAGGCCCCUGUCGUCUAUUUCUCCCGUCAUUGCCGAGACACCCGAGGGCAAGCUGUAUUUUGCUUGCGGAUCUGCAGGUGGCAGCCGCAUCACGACUGCAACGAUUCAGCUCGUCGUGCACAUGCUCGAUCAGGGCAUGGGCGCCGCGGAGUCGCUGAAGCAGCCGCGCCUCCACGACCAGCUCCAGCCAAAUCAAGUGACGUUUGAGUACGCAUAUGAUAAUUCGACAACGGCGUUUAUGAAGUCGCUCGGUCACAACGUCACUUGGGUAGCCCCGGGUCAGAGUACGGCACAGGCUCUCAAGCUUCUAGCGAAUGGAACCUUUGAAGCGGGAGGGGAGCCAAGGCAGAAGAACUCUGGUGGUUUCGCGGUAUAA